UUUUAAGGCAUGAUAAUGUAUAUAAAAGGAUUGCAUUGUAAUAUCCGGGGGCUGGUCCAGAGUAAAGUGGGAGUGUCUGCGCUCUGCUCUCCCUUCCUACCAGGAAAACGCUGGAGGAGACCCACAGUGCCACACAGCCGCGCACUGCAGAGGAGGGAGCAGGGCACGAAUACCACCGAGGAAUAUGUCCGCCUUCUUACGCACCGAGGGACGCACAAACCAACGGCGCAGCGCGGUCGAUGCAUACCCACUGCCUCUCCUUUAGUUCAGCACACACGCAUCGCCGUGUUUACCACUUAUGCUCUGGUGAAACCUUCCCUGCUGCUGCUGCUGCUGCUGCUGCUGUUGCUGCUUCUGGUCCACUCCUGUCCCCUCCUCCCUUCUCCUCCUCCUCCUCCUCCUCCUCCUCCUGUUCUCCACCGUCCCGUCGCCAGGAUGGACAAGACGCUCUGCAGUCCGCAUCCCGGGACCAACAAAACCAACUCCUCGGACCGCGGGAACUCAUCGUCGAGGAAGCCCGUGCGGACCGGGUCGCAUAGCCCCGGCUCCGGCUCACUUGGCGGCCCGGCUGGAGCAGGAGGCAGCCGGGGAGCUUUGCUGGGGAACAGCAUGAAUUUGCAGCAGCAGGCGCGCAAGCGGCAGCUGGAGGGAGUGCUGAGCAAAUACACCAACCUGAUCCAAGGCUGGCAGAACAGGUACUUUGUAUUAGAUCCAGAGUUGGGACAGCUGCAGUACUUCGUCAACGAGCAGGGAAAAAGCCAGAAGCCCCGUGGGUCCCUUCCCUUGAUCGGUGCCUCAGUAACACCGAGCGAAGAGGCUCCGCACAUGUUCAUUGUAAACUCUGUCAAUGGAGAGCUGUACAAACUUAGAGCCUCAGACGCGAAGGAGCAGCAGUUUUGGAUCAGUCAGCUCCAAGCGUGUGCCAGACGUCACUCUGACAGCAGUGCCAAGGUGAGGAAGCUGAAGAGCUCAGAUGAACACCUGAGUGUGGAAAAAACAGGAGGAGGCCAGGAGAUGCUGGGCUCCUCAUCCUCUGGUCGGACCCGUAGCUUCUCCCUCCUCCCCCACCUAACCCCAUCUUCAUCCCCGGGUUCCCAGAGGCACCUGGGGCACACGGCCUCACCCAGCAACAUCGUAACCAUCACCCACCACAAAUCUCCGGCUGCAGCUCGGCGGGCCAAGAGUCAGUACCCAGGACGGCUGCUGGAGGUCAAAGAGGUGAUGUCCCAAGCAGAAGGCCAACAAAAGAACCUUGUCCAGUCCAUUGACUCACUACCUACCAAAGGCCCCCUCUCCUGUCUGGACCAGGACCUGCUGCUGCUCAAAGCCACAUCGGCCGCCACCCUCAGCUGUCUGGGAGAGUGCCUGACCAUCCUCCAACAGACCCAGAGCCACAGCCAGGCACCACCUCAGUCCCAGGCCUCCCAGCGCAAUCACGGAGCCCCCUCCGAUGGUGUUCCUGUGUGGACUGUACCAAAGUCGCCCUCAGGGGAGCAGUUGAAGAACGGAGGUCUGACUCCUCUGCGAUCAGCCGAGCCUUCCCCGGCCCUCAGGAAAAGGAGUCUGUCCCAUGGUGCUGAGCAGCACCAAGGGCUGGAAGACAUCAGCCCCAUUGAGGAGGUGACAGACACGGAGGACAACGAGGAGGAGGACCUGGGUGUCCUGGACGACCAGCGGAGCAUCAUUCUCCACCUGCUCUCCCAGCUCAAACUGGGCAUGGACCUCACACGGGUGGUGCUACCUACCUUCAUCUUGGAAAAGAGAUCACUGCUGGAGAUGUACGCCAACUUCAUGGCCCACCCUGACAUGUUCCUGUCGAUCACAGCUGGAGCCACAGCCGAGGACCGUAUCGUCCGCUUUGUAGAGUACUACCUGACCGCCUUCCACGAGGGGCGAAAGGGCGCCGUGGCCAAGAAGCCCUACAACCCCGUGCUGGGGGAGACCUUCCACUGUUCCUGGGAAGUGCCUCGGGACAAAGUCAAACCUUUGGUCCGAUCGAACCAGGGGCCCGCCCGGGAGCCAGGCAGGGGCCCCAACAACACGCAGCAGCCUGACGAUUCACCGGGAGGCUGCUACAGAGUCCGCUUUGUGGGCGAGCAGGUGUCCCAUCAUCCGCCAGUUUCAGGGUUUUACUGUGAGUGCCGGGAGAGGAGGAUGUGUGUCAACGCCCACGUAUGGACCAAGAGCAAGUUCAUGGGCAUGUCUAUAGGGGUGUCCAUGGUCGGGGAAGGAGUCUUGUGUCUCCUGGAGCACGAUGAGGAGUACGUCUUCACGUUGCCGUGUGCCUACGCCCGUUCCAUCCUCACUGUGCCCUGGGUGGAACUGGGGGGCAAAGUCUCCAUCAACUGUGCCAAGAGCGGCUACACGGCAACGGUCACCUUUCACACCAAGCCUUUCUACGGCGGGAAGGUGCACAGAGUGACCGCAGAGGUCAAACACAACCCAACCAACACCAUCGUGUGUAAAGCGCAGGGCGAGUGGAACGGCACGCUGGAGUUCACCUAUAGCAGUGGGGAAACCAAAGUGAUCGACACAACCAAACUUCCCGUCACCAGGAAGAAGCUGCGGCCGGUGGAAAAACAGGGGCGGACAGAAUCCAGGCGGUUAUGGCAACAUGUCACCAAGUCGCUGAAGGAGGGGAACAUCGAUGAGGCCACGGAGCACAAACACAGGCUGGAGGAGCGCCAGAGAGGGGAGGAGAGGCAGAGAGCAGCUGAUAACAAACCCUGGACACCCAAAUACUUCACUAAAGAGGGAGAAGGUUGGAUCUACAACAGCCCACUGUGGAAGUCGACCUGACAGCAGCGCAGCGUUCUCUUCUCAUGGACAAUAACCGAGACCCUGCCUCCCCAACACUGAGGACAGAGGUCAGCAGGUCAAACAUACAGUAGGCAGCGGUGUCCUCCACAGACCUUCAGACCAGAGCUACAGACUCACAGAGUGACACUGUAGAGACAUGAACAGGAAACAAGCAAGGUGCCAAAGGGAUCUCCACUGUUAUAACCAAGAAGGGGGUUUGAGCCUCUGGGACAAAAUUACAUUUUUAUAUACAGUUAAUAUAGUAUUACUAUUCAAAGUAGAGUAUUUCUAUUUUUCACCUUGCCAAGGCCUUUUUUGCACACGCACACUAAUGAAGUUUGCCACUGGUGGGUUUUUUUUUUUUUUAAUGUUUCCUCAGACAUUGUCAAUGUUUGUUUCCAAGCAUUUAGUUUGUCAUACAGCAUUAGAAUGAAGUCAAGUCCCCUCUAACACAUAAUACUGUAGCUGAGCACUUUUACCAUAGAAAUAAAUGUACUAUUUUAUAUCUAUGGCUUUUA